AUGACUUUCAAAGGUACCGUUGCUGUGGAGGAGGCGGUGAUCGACCCGGCAACAACCUGGAUUCUAAGUGAAUCGCAGCAUAUCCUGACUCCGGGAGAUGCGGGUAAAGCCGCGGUGGAAUCCCACAAGCAGCGCUUACUGGACAUCGAUGGACGACUUGCCUCAAUGGAUGCUGAAGGUGUUGAGUAUAUGUUGCUCUCAUUGACUGCCCCUGGCUGCCAGGGAAUUGCAGACCAGAAGCUGUCAGAAGAGACUGCCACCGGAUUCAACGACUGGCUCGCUGGGGAGGUUUCCAAGAGGCCCUCUCGUUUUGGUGGGAUGGCAGCUGUCUCAAUGCAUGAUCCCGUCCAGGCAGCCGAGGAGCUGAAAAGAGCGGUCCAGCAAUUGGGAUUCUUUGGGGGGCUGAUAAACGAUUUCCAAAGCACGAAGACGAGUGAGAAACAACUAUACUAUGAUACGCCGGCCUACGAUCCAUUUUGGAGAAUGGCGGAGCAGCUCGAUGUGCCAAUUUACUUGCAUCCCCGCUACCCAGAACUCUCCGAUCUUCAACCCAACACCAAAUAUGGAUCUCGACUACAUUUGAUUGGGGCUGGGGUUCAAUUCUACUUGGAUCUGUCCUUCCACAUUUAUGCCCUUUGCGCGUCCGGUGUUUUUGACCGGUUUCCUCGCUUGAAGGUUGUUGCCGGGCAUCUCGGCGAAAACAUUCCAUUCAACCUCUGGCGAGCCUCGCACUGGUACAACAAGCCUAGCAAGAAGGCUACUCGCCCUUCGCUGCAUGACUACAGCUACUACUUCCAUAAGAAUAUCUUCAUCACUACAUCUGGGAACUUUUCGACUCCUGGGUUGAAAUUCUGUAUCGAGGAGCUUGGAGUAGAGAGAUGUUUGUACUCGAUAGAUACCCCGUAUGAUCAGGUCAAGGAAGGUCAAGAAUGGUGGCGGACGGUGGAAUUGAAAGACAACUAUAAGGAAUUGGUGGGUAGGGAGAAUGCGAUUCGUCUGUUCAAGCUACCGAUUGAGAUCUAA